CACAGACAACGUAUGCAGGCAAAUUAUAGGCAAAGAUCGCUCGUCUCUUCCUUAUAAUAUAUAUUAUUUGCUACCUCGUACAUACCUCAAUCAAUAAUAUGGCAAUUAGAUUCAUAGGAACAAUAAUGUUGUUUAUAGCUCUAAGCUUACUUCUUCAACAAACCAGCGUAGUCCUGGGAGACAUAGGCACCGCAACAUCUUACAAUCCUCCCUACACACCUACGAGGUGCAACGGAAAUAGACAAGACCAAUUUCCGGCUGGGAAUCUGUUCGUGGCGGUGAGUGAGGGGUUGUGGGAUAACGGUGCCGCCUGCGGCCGCCGCUAUAGGCUAAGUUGUUUGAGCGGUAACAAUAGGCCUUGUAAGGGGGAUACAAUCGACGUUAAGGUGGUAGAUUUUUGUGCCAAUAGGCCUUGCCCAUCAACUAUUGUAUUGUCUAAAGAUGCCUUUGCACAAAUCUCACAUUCUCCUCAUGCCAAGAUCAACAUCGAGUAUAUUCAGAUAUAAGAAUUGAAGUUGUGAGAAAUAUGUAAGAGUGUGUACAAUUAAUUUGUAUACUCAUGGAAGUCGUUUGAAUUUAGCUUGAUUUGUAUAUUAUUAGAUAUAUAUCAUACAUGUAACUAGUUGCAUUUAAAUUAUUUUUUUUA